CAUCAAAGAGGAACAGCCGAUUACUUUUCAAAAACAACGUUCAAAUAUUGCAUCGCCGCGAUCGGCUGUACAUAAGAGGAUAUUAUUUGUAUUUUAUUGUGGAAAAGUUUUUUGGAAUAAAAGCAGAAACAAACUUAAAUAUUAACAUCUAGUGAGCAUAUACAGUUGAAAUUUAAAAAUGACGGGGGAAAAAACGACAAAUAUUAAAGUAGCUGUGCGCGUCCGCCCGUACAACGAGCGGGAAAUGGAACAGAAUCAAAGAUGCAUUGUCAAAGUGAUGGAUAAGUCGACCCUGCUCUUCGAUCCCGAUGAGGAGGACGAUGAGUUCUUUUUCCAGGGAACCAAACAACACUACCGCGACAUAACCAAAAGGAUGAACAAGAAGCUAUCCAUGGAUUUUGAUAGGGUUUUUGAUAUACACAAUACAAAUGAGGAUCUGUUUGAGGAGUGUACAGCGCCGCUGGUCGAUGCUGUGCUCAAUGGUUAUAACUGUUCUGUUUUUGUGUAUGGAGCCACAGGAGCAGGAAAAACUUUUACAAUGCUAGGCAGCGAUGUGUAUCCAGGAUUGACAUUUCUUACCAUGCGCGAUCUCUUUGAAAAGAUUCAAAGCCAACAGGAACUGCGCAAAUUCGAUGUAGGCUGCACUUAUUUAGAGGUGUAUAAUGAACAGGUAAUGAACCUGCUUACUAAAUCGGGUCCCCUGAAGCUGCGAGAAGACUCAAAUGGUGUGGUGGUUAGUGGUUUGGCUCUAACACCUAUCUAUAGUGCCGAUGAGCUGCUCCGCAUGUUGGCCUUGGGCAACUCUCAACGCACGCAACAUCCAACGGAUGCUAAUGCAGAAAGCUCUCGUUCACAUGCGAUAUUUCAAGUCCACAUACGUAUCACAGAUCGAAAAACCGACACCAAACGCACUGUCAAGUUAUCAAUGAUUGAUUUGGCAGGAAGUGAAAGGGCGGCUAGCACAAGGGGGAUCGGUGUUCGGUUUAAAGAGGGCGCCAGUAUAAAUAAGAGUCUGCUGGCCCUGGGCAAUUGCAUUAACAAGCUGGCUGAUGGCCUCAAACAUAUUCCCUAUCGGGACUCCAAUCUGACGCGGAUCUUAAAAGAUUCCCUUGGUGGCAAUUGUCGUACUUUGAUGGUUGCUAACGUCUCCAUGAGUUCGCUGACCUAUGAAGACACUUACAACACUUUAAAAUAUGCCAGUCGUGCUAAAAAGAUCCGCUCUACACUGAAGCAGAAUAUACUGAAAUCCAAAUUGCCCACCGAGUUCUAUGUGAAAAAGAUUGAUGAGGCCAUGGCCGAGAAUGCACGGCUACAAGAGCGCCUUAAAAUUUUGGAAUCCGCGUCAAAUACGUCAACCACAAUGGAUGAGUUAAAAUCCUGGUUUAUCCGGAUCGAUAACACUUAUUCGGCAGUAGAGCAAAUUCAGACACAGGUCAUUGGACUGCGCAGUCGGAUCAAGACUCUAAAUUAUCGUCAACUGGUGGAGAAGGAGUUCGAACAGCUGCGGAAAAAUGUCUUUCAAGAGAAUAUCCCUCGAAUUACCGACUAUAUCAGUAAUUUGAAUACCCAAAUUGAGAAAUAUAAGGACGAGUUACCGGUGUGGCGAGGCAAACAGGAGGUGGCUUAUCGUGAACUGGAGAAGCUGAAGCAUCAGAUAAAGGAAUCCAAACAUAAUCAGAUACUAUACUGUUAUCUAAGGACAAAGGAUCGAGAGUUGGAGCUACUGAAGAAAAAUGUGAACGGUAGUCAUUAUGCAGCGAUGUCUCAGGAUUUGGCAGAUAAUUCCAUAUUAUUGCGUGAAUCCCUCAUGUUGGGUUGCGAAGUGCUGCAACAGUAUUACGAGCACUGCGAAAAGUCGGAGAAAUUAACGCCGGGCCUGCAGGAGGCAUACGAAAGAUUGCGGCAGAAAAUACGACCUAAAGAGACAACGUUAAAUGUGUUGGCCAAGGAUUCAUUUGCCAACUGUAAGCGUGUGCACAGCACUGGGGACGACGACGAUGAUCAAGACGAAAUAAAGGAGUCAAUAAAACGCUCAAAGUAUUUGUUGGAUGAAAAAGGCCUCCAGAAUGAUGGUUUGGACACGGAAUCCGACUCAGAUCAGGAUGCCCAUAAGACGUUCUUUAAACAACCGCAAAGUCUUAACGAGACGCGCGUCGUGUCUUCUCAUCCGGUGUCAGCACUUAAUGUCACAGUGACCAAGCCUUCCAAUGAAGCCCAUCAGCGCAUUGUAGACUUGUUAUCAGAUCAGAAUGUACGCGGCAAUACUGAAAAAAUUAGAAAAGCUUUGCUUCGAUCGAAUACCUUCACCACACAAGGACUUCAGCGUUCAGUAGCGGCUGCUUCUGUAGCGAAGGAAAAUCUUAAAUACAGUGCUAAUCAAGUUCGAAAGAGUCCACAGGCCUUGAUUGCCAAAGCUCUCGGCGGUAAUGCUGUCUUAACACGAAAACCACUUACCAAGGAGCCUCCCAAAGUGAAAAUCAAUCGAGCCGCCUCAUUUAGGUUGAAAAAAUAAGAAAGAAAAUCAAACUUGUGUUUUCUGUCCGGAAUAUUUUAGAAUUAUUUAAAGAUUUAGUUAUUCCUUUUUUUUUUUUAUUAUAAUAUUUUUGUUCUUAA